CAUCGCACGCGCGCUUAAAACCACGGCGACAACGCCACAGCAGUUCGAGUCUCCGUCAGACCCGCGGAAGGAUAGGACAAGGUCUGCGACAUCACUAUGUUACGUCAUCAAAAGUAGUUCGGCCCCGAUGAACUGCGCUUGUCCGUGUGUUCCCAACUGAAGGAAAACUUUAGACAACGGAAAAUAAACAACUUGGACUAGCUGCCUACUCGCAGAAUUAAAAAACACGCCAAAAAAAAGGAUUCUCAGCAAAGGAAACAAGUGAAGUAAAAAAAAAAAAACGACAAUAAAACCCAGAGCCCUCGACUAGGAAGGAGAAAGUCGUUUGUCGUCCUUACAAGGGUUCCGAAAUUAUACUCUCGGAGAAUCUGCGAGCAAACAGAAGACGUUUUGAAGUGAGCCAAAAGGGCAACGCGACCCGCUGCCGUCUGCUAUGAGGGUGGCCAGGUUGUCGGGGAGAAUGUCUGGCUGGUCUUGUGCGUGCGUCCUUCUGGUGGCGCUGAUGGUGGCGGUGGUAGCCUCUGAGGUGUCCGGUGCUGACCAACAGGCGACGAAUGAGUCUCCAUCCCCAACGGGAGCAGAAGACAAAGACCUACUCAUCCCCUCCAAGGCCGGGAAAGACAACGCUGUGACGUCACCGGAAGAAGACACGGGGUCAUCAGCUGACGUCAGCCAGGAGUCACGUGAACUACAGACUUCCGACUCGUCAGCAUCCAAGAUGGCUGCUGGCGAGGCCACGCCUGGCGGUAGUGACGUAGAGGACAAGGAUACAGAGACUCAGCCAGAAGACGACAACGAGACAGACAAUGAGGAUAGUAACUCCGAGAAUUCCGCGCAACAACAACAACCGGAGGUGGAUAAAAGUUCUUCGUCUGAUGCCGGGGAACUUUCAGGUGAUCUUGUGGGGAAACGAGAUGUGUCUGGUCUCGUCGAUGACAAGCGAUUUCUUCGAGGAUUCAACCAGUUUGCUCGGCGAAGCGGCGUUGAUGCCGUUCCGUCUGACGUAGACAAACGGUUUAUGAGGGGAUUCGGGAAGCGGUUCAUGCGAGGAUUUCGAUCGGACAACGACGGGGAAGCGGAGAAACGAUUCAUGAGGGGUCUCCGUGAUUCACUGUCAGCCAGCUCGCCAAACGACGAGAGCGAUUCUUUUUGGAAAUGGGAUAGCUACUUAAACGUCCCCAACCACAUGGAUAACCUUCUACCUUUGGACUUUUCGACGCCAGACAGUGGACCCGGGGCAGACAAGCGUUUUAUGAGGGGUUUCAGGAAUUAUGUGACAUCUGGAGAGGACGAGAAGCGAUUCAUGCGCGGCUUCCACAAAAAAGACCCCAUUCUGGCUGGAGAUAUAUCGGAUGUGGACCUGGCAGAAGACAAACGGUUUCUUCGAGGCUUGAACAACUACGCUAAAAAAGAUUCCCUGGAUGUCGACGGGAUAUCAGACUCAGCUGACAAGCAUUUCAUGCCCGGGUUGAUAAAAAAUUCGUCGUCAUCGUCGUCUGAUAAUGUCGAAACGUCUCCGGAUAAGAGGUUUAUCCACGGAUUACAGCUGUAUUCUAGAAGUUAUGGCGGACUCGGCGACUCCCCGGUUGAGGAAAAGCGCUUUAUGAGGGGAUUUGGUAAAAAGAACGAAGUUUAUUCGGAUGAAGAAGACUUACAAACGGUAGCAGAUAAACGAUUCAUGCGUGGUUUCAACAAACGAUUCAUGCGAGGUUUCGGGGGUAAACGAUUCAUGAGAGGGUUCAAUAAAAGAUUUAUAAUGGGCCUGAACAACUACGCAGAUAAACGUUUCAUGCGAGGGUUCCAAAAGAAAGAGGAUGCGUUUUCUGAAAGCGACGACGAAAUUGUUGACGAUAAACGGUUCAUGAGGGGUUUUGGGAAAAGGGAACUGGUGGAAGGUAAUGACGACGAAAAAAGAUUUAUGAGGGGGUUUGGGAAAAGGGAUUUAAUCGGAGACGAUACAGAUGAGAAAAGAUUCAUGCGAGGGUUUGGGAAAAGAGAAUUGGUGGAAAGUCUAGGAGGAGAGGAUAAACGGUUUAUGAGGGGUUUUGGAAAGAGGGAACCCGUUGAUGAUGUUACUGAUGAUAAAAGAUUUAUGAGGGGUUUUGGAAAGAGGGAACCCGUUGAUGAUGUUACUGAUGAUAAAAGGUUUAUGAGGGGUUUUGGAAAGAGGGAACCAGUUGAGGAUGUUACUGAUGAUAAAAGAUUUAUGAGGGGUUUUGGAAAGAGGGAACCCGUUGAUGAUGUUACUGAUGAUAAAAGGUUUAUGAGGGGUUUUGGAAAGAGGGAACCAGUUGAUGAUGUUACUGAUGAUAAAAGAUUUAUGAGGGGUUUUGGAAAGAGGGAACCCGUUGAUGAUGUUACUGAUGAUAAAAGGUUUAUGAGGGGUUUUGGAAAGAGGGAACCCGUUGAUGAUGUUACUGAUGAUAAAAGGUUUAUGAGGGGUUUUGGAAAGAGGGAACCAAUUGAUGAUGUUACUGAUGAUAAAAGGUUUAUGCGAGGUUUUGGGAAAAGACUUCCAACUGAAGACGAUACAGAAGAGAAAAGAUUUAUGAGGGGAUUUGGGAAAAGACUCCCAACUGCAGAGACUGAAAACGAUACAGAAGAGAAAAGAUUUAUGAGGGGAUUUGGGAAAAGACUCCCAACUGAAGACGACACAGAAGAGAAAAGAUUUAUGAGGGGAUUUGGGAAAAGACUCCCAACUGCAGAGACUGAAAACGAUACAGAAGAGAAAAGAUUUAUGAGGGGAUUUGGGAAAAGACUCCCAACUGAAGACGACACAGACGAGAAAAGAUUUAUGAGGGGAUUUGGGAAAAGACUCCCAACUGCAGAGACUGAAAACGAUACAGAAGAGAAAAGAUUUAUGAGGGGAUUUGGGAAAAGACUGCCAACUGAAGACGAUACAGAUGAGAAACGAUUCAUGAGGGGUUUCCAGGGGAAAAGGUUUAUGCGUGGGUUCCAAAAAAAAGCUGACGAAAUUAACGAACUGGAGAAAAAGUUCAUGAGGGGUUUUAAUAAGAGAAGUGCUGGGGAGCACCAGAGGACAAAGAGGGAGGUUCGAUAUGCCGAUGUGGAUGAAGGCGAUUUAGUGGAAAAACUCUUAGAACAAGACCUAUUCGGUGAACCCAAAUCAGAGAAAACGGAGCUGUGGUAUGACGAACCAAUAAUUUACCCAGGUGAAGUCAACAACGAGAAACGAUUCAUGAGAGGGUUUUCUAACUAUGCCAAGCGAGGUGGAUCAAGCCUUGGAGCUAAUUUCGAAGUGGGAGAUGAUAUUGUCAAUGAUGGGCCUGUCAAUAAACGGUUUAUGAGGGGAUUCCAGAACUUUGUAAACAUGGCCAGAAGAAGAUACUCGUAUCCUCGUGAAGGCGAUUCUCAAGAUAAAAGGUUCAUGCGAGGUCUGUCUGCCUACAAACGUGGUGCAGGAGGGGACUCGUUAGACGAGGACAUCAGCAAACGUUUUAUCAAGGGGUUAGAGAGAUACGCUCUGCCAGCCUCUAAGAGAUUCAUGCGCGGUUUACAAAACUGGCAGAAACGAAACUCCCUCGAGGGUUCGGGUGCGGACAAGCGAUUUAUCCGGGGGUUACAUUUGUACCAUAAACGAGGAGGCGACAUGUCUUCUGUGGACAAGCGCUUUAUGAGAGGGUUAAAUUUGUACGCAAAGAGGUAUCUGGGAUGGGACAUACCGGAUUCUAAAAAUAGAUUUCCUGCCUCAAGCGUUUCAGUUGAACCUGUCCUAGAGGUGAGCCAGGAAGAUGGGCCCUCGUCGGUGUGGGAGGGAGAAUACGAUCAGCCGAAGAGAGAUUAUAUGUUCACAUCAAGUUUGGGGAAUUCCUCACCAAAAUCUGGUUCAAGGCAGUUCAUGAGUUGGAGGGGCGGAGACUACGUGCUUGGCUGACAUGACAAAUUAUCACAGCUCCUUUCAGUUGACGUGUUGAAUAACCUGAGUGUAACAUGCAAGACAAAGAUAGCGGUAAAACUAAGGGGAACAUGAUAGUGUGAUAGUUUAUAUCAUUUUUUUCCUUUCCGAUAAUAUGUUUACAACGUUGUUGUUUUGUUUUUUUUUCUUAUUGCUAUUUAACGGACUUUUGAUACUGCGUUCUAACGUGUUGGUUUUUUUUAAAGCAAAGCGUAUAUUCUAGCUUCUGGUGCUACUGAGUCAAAAUCUGUUUCGCUUGUCUUGCGUUUCAAAACCUCUCAGUUUUCUGUCUCUGAGAAUUGUCCCUGUUUUUUUUUUUUUUGUUUUUUGUUGUUGUUAUAUAAAAUAUCAAUCUCUUAUUUCACCAGUGUUUCAGGCUCCUAUCUGAAAGUUUAAACUUAAUGUUAUUGCUCUCUAUCUACUCUCGAUCGAGCAAUGUCCAAAAAACGUGAAAUUCUAUGGCAAACUAUAUAUUCUAAAACAAAAUUAUACAAUAUUUGCGUGUUCGUUGUUUUCUCGUUUAUCCAGCUUAAUUGUGAUGAAUUAAAGAGGCUUCAGAUUAAGUCAAUUAUAAUGUAGGCUUUACAUGUGUUCUCUUUUAUGCCAGAUGUGAAGGUUUUAAAUGUUCGUUAUAUAGUAUAAAGAGCAAGGCCUGCAAACUUUUGUGUCUUUCAUGAUAAUGCAUUGGGUCGAGACUACUCUAGUAUUUUAUUCACUUGAGAAUAAUUCAAAAUAGUGCAUCAAGAAAGGCACGGAACUGUUUUCUUCAUCUGUAUUGGACAGGGUCUCCAGCAUUGUCUUGUUCCUUAAUCAACGAAA